AUGCCGGGAAGGCAGUCUCACCCUAGCAACAGCAAAACUAUAAACGAUGAGAGCUCUCAAUUUUAGCUAGGUAACCGUUUGACAAUUCAGUCGUUUUGUUUAAAUUUACAGUGAAAGAAAAUUCAAUGUUAGUUUUCCAUAAUUUUUCCGAAAUGGACAAACUGCAGGCAGAAGAUGCACGGUACUUGAAAAGGAAAGUAAAACGGGGGAGUUUGGAUGUCCACCCGACAGAGAAAGCCCUCGUUGUUCAGUAUGAGGUGGAGGCGACUAUCCUCGGGGAAAUGGGGGACCCGAUGGUUGGAGAACGCAAGGAGUGUCAGAAAAUCAUCCGCCUUAAAAGCUUAAACGCCAACACGGACAUUGCCACCCUGGCUCGCAGGGUGGUGGAGGAAUGCAGGCUCAUUCAUCCAUCUGAACUUCCAGAGGUGGAACAACUGCUGUUCUACCUGCAGAACCGCAAGAAGCCAGACAAACAAGAGAAACAUUCGCCCAGAGACCUCACACCAUUUGAGGGGAUGGAGCUGGAUGAGGAGGCCAACAUCAACAGCAUAGAUGACUAUGUGGAGCUGCUGUAUGAAGACAUCCCAGAGAAGGUCAGGGGAGCCACCCUCAUUCUCCACCUCGCCCGCAACCCUGACAACCUGGAAGAGCUCCUGCAGAAUGAAACGGCCCUGGGAGCCCUGGCCAGAGUCCUGAGGGAGGACUGGAAACAGAGCGUUGACAUGGCAACUACCAUUAUCUACGUCUUCUUCUGCUUCUCCAGUUUCUCCCAGUUUCAUGGGCUAGUGACCCACUAUAAGAUCGGAGCCCUCUGUAUGAACAUCACUGAACACGAGCUGAAGAGGUACGACCUCUGGCAGGAUGAACUGCAGAAGAAGAAGAAGGCUUGUGAAGAGGACCCUGACAACCAGAAUGUGAAGAAGGAACAUGAGAAAGCCUUGAAGAAAUACCAGGGCCUCCUGAGCAAGCAGGAGCAGCUUCUACGAGUGGCUCUGUACCUGUUGUUAAACCUGGCUGAGGACACACGUACAGAGCUGAAAAUGAGGAACAAGAACAUCGUCCACAUGCUGGUGAAGACCCUGGACCGGGAGGACGAGGAGCUACUGGUGCUCGUGGUCUCCUUUCUCAAGAAACUCAGCAUCUUCCUGGAGAACAAGAACGACAUGGCAGAGACGUAUGCGGUGGAGAAGCUAGCCAGGCUGCUGGCCUGUGAUCAUGAGAACCUACUGAACACUACCCUGCGUCUGCUCCUCAACCUCUCCUUUGACACAGGCCUCCGCAGCCAGAUGGUUCAGGCUGGACUCAUCCCCAAACUCUCCUUAAUGCUAGCUGACGAGAAGCAGGGACAGCUGUGUAUGUGCAUUCUGUACCACAUCAGUGUGGAUGACCGAUUCAAGUCCAUGUUUGCCUACACAGACUGCAUACCACAGUUGAUGAAGAUGCUGUUUGAGUGUGGUGAGAGUCACAUGGACCCUGAGCUCAUCUCCUUCUGCAUCAACCUGGCAGCCAAUAAGAGGAACACACAGCUCAUCUGUGAAGGUAAUGGUCUGAAGAUGCUGAUGAAGAGGGGUCUGAAGUUAAAGGAUGUUCUUAUCAUGAAGAUGAUCAGGAACUUGUCACAACAUGACGGACCCACCAAGAACCUCUUCAUAGACUAUGUGGGUGACCUAGCAGCUCAGAUAGGAGCGGAGGAGAGGGAGGAGUAUGUGAUAGAGUGUCUGGGGACUCUGGCUAACCUCACCAUCCCUGACCUGGACUGGGAACUGGUGCUGAAGGAGUACAACCUGGUGCCCUACCUCAAAGACCACCUCAAUCCAGGCUCGGCAGAGGAUGACCUUAUCCUAGAGGUGGUGAUCAUGAUAGGGACGGUAUCCAUGGAUGACUGCUGUGCUGCCACAAUGGCCAAGUCUGGCAUCAUCCCUGCUCUCAUCGAGCUGCUCAACGCCCAACAGGAGGAUGAUGAGUUUGUGUGUCAGAUUGUCUAUGUGUUCUACCAGAUGGUGUUCCACCAGGCCACCAGGGACGUCAUCAUCAAGGACACACAGGCUCCUGCCUACCUCAUUGACCUGAUGCACGACAAGAACGCUGAGAUACGGAAAGUCUGUAACAGCACACUGGACAUCAUCGCUGAGUAUGAUAAGGAGUGUGAGAGAAAGAUCCAGAGUGAGAAGUUCCGCUGGCACAACGCCCAGUGGUUAGAGAUGGUGGAGAACAGAGCCAUGGGAGACGACGGAGAACCCUUCAUGUUGGGAGACGAUGGAGAACCUUUCAUGCACAACGGAGACAUUCUGGAGAGACCCGACCUCUUCUACACCGCGGAUGGGAUCAUCCCAGCAGAUGGUACCAUCAGCCCAGAGUUUUUCACAGACUACCAGAACGGAGACAUUGGCCAGGCUGGAGGCUUUCCUGGCAGUAUGAAUAUGGAUAUGUUUGGACAGUCGACGGUGACCCCUGGACAGCGCCCCGCCACGGCCUAUGGCAUCCGGCCAGACGCGCAGUUCUUCUACAGCUACGCUGGUGCAGCUUCCAGAUAAACCAGGUUACCUUCACUACACCACAGACUGACUGCAGCUAUGUCCCAUCUAGCCAGGUUACCUUCACUACACCACAGAGACUGACUGCAGCUAAAGCUCAUCUAGCCAGGUUAUCUUCACUACACCACAGACUGACUGCAGCUAUGUCCCAUCUAGCCAGGUUACCUUCACUACACCACAGAGACUGACUGCAGCUAUAUCCCAUCUAGCCAGGUUACCUUCACUACACCACAGACUGACUGCAGCUAUAUCCCAUCUAGCCAGGUUACCUUCACUACACCACAGAGACUGACUGCAGCUAUAUCCCAUCUAGCCAGGUUACUUUCACUACACCACAGACUGACUGCAGCUAUAUCCCAUCUAGCCAGCUUACCUUCACUACACCACAGAGACUGACUGCAGCUAUAUCCCAUCUAGCCAGGUUACCUUCACUACACCACAGAGACUGACUGCAGCUAUAUCCCAUCUAGCCAGGUUACCUUCACUACACCACAGAGACUGACUGCAGCUAUAUCCCAUCUAGCCAGGUUACCUUCACUACACCACAGAGACUGACUGCAGCUAUAUCCCAUCUAGCCAGGUUUCUUCACUACACCACAGACUGACUGCAGCUAUAUCCCAUCUAGCCAGGUUACCUUCACUACACCACAGAUGACUGCAGCUAUGUCCCAUCUAGCCAGGUUAACUUCAUUACACCACAGAGACUGACUGCAGCUAUGUCCCAUCUAGCCAGGUUUCUUCACUACACCACAGAGACUGACUGCAGCUAUAUCCCAUCUAGCCAGCUAUGCUGUGUGGUCAUGAAGGAGUAUCAACACUCCUGUAUGUUCAACAGUACCUUGGUAUCUCAGCUGAUCUCUUCUAGUGCUGUAGUCCAAACUCUAGCAGUGAUGUUGUUGCUGUUUUAUUGAAUGAAAACAUCACAUCUUAAGCUACCUAAGUGAUGUUGUUGCUGUUUUAUUGAAUGAAAACAUCACAUCUUAAGCUACCUAAGUGAUGUUGUUGCUGUUUUAUUGAAUGAAAACAUCACAUCUUAAGCUACCUAAGUGAUGUUGUUGCUGUUUUAUUGAAUGAAAACAUCACAUCUUAAGCUACCUAAGUGAUGUUGUUGCUGUUUUAUUGAAUGAAAACAUCACAUCUUAAGCUACCUAAGUGAUGUUGUUGCUGUUAUUGAAUGAAAACAUCACAUCUUAAGCUACCUAAGUGAUGUUGUUGCUGUUUUAUUGAAUGAAAACAUCACAUCUUAAGCUACCUAAGUGAUGUUGUUGCUGUUUUAUUGAAUGAAAACAUCACAUCUUAAGCUACCUAAGUGAUGUUGCUGAAAAACCAAUAUUUGGCAUUUUGUUUUUAGCUUUUAUUGGAAUAUUAUACAUCUCAAUGUUCACUACAAGUAUGUAUUACUGUAGCAUAAUACAACAACACAAACUGAAGAUGAAUGAAUUGAAUUAUUCAAUUAUACAUUCAUGUUAUAUAUUGUACUGGGGUUCAUUGUUUUUCUGAUCAACGCUACUUUCCAUAGGAUGUUUUUUUCUUCUUCAAAUUCCAGAAGGUUGGUUGGUGUGGCACAGUCUUAUUGUCUUAGUCCACUAACUAACUGCAUGCUGAAACAGGCCAUUUUAUAGAUGACCUCAUUCUGGAGACUGACAGUUGAGAUGUUCUCCAUCUUUUCUGUCUUUGCAG